AUGCCUCCGAGUCCCCAUCUGUCUUCAACGCCGUCAGAUAUAGCCGCCCACAAGCGGAACGCCCAAAGAAAGGCCCAGGUGGCAAGUCAAGAUUCCACUGGCAAAAAAACCGGCAAUACAGAAGAGAUCUGGAAUGAGACAACGACCAAUACUCGUAAGCGCGCACCCACAGUAACUGCGCUACAAUCAGUACCAGCCGCCAAGUUAGCGCGAAAGAAUGAGACAACGACCAAUACUCGUAAGCGCGCACCCACAGUAACUGCGCUACAAUCAGUACCAGCCGCCAAGUUAGCGCGAAAGAAUGAGACAACGACCAAUACUCAUCAGUAUGAGAGAUACUCAACAGCGGAUCAAGUCAACGGUCAUGGUCAAAGUCAAGGCCGCGAUAAGAAAAACAGCAAGCUGCCAAAGUCAGUCGCAGUGUCAAUCGAAGAUAACGACUCUGUCAGUGAAUACGGAGAGAGUGAUCAUGACACCGACAAAUCGGACGAUAAUGCGGAGGUUCCAGAAGACGAUGAUGAGGACUUAGUACCCUCCCAGAAGGAACUGAUUAAAGAGAUUCCCUACAUGAUGCCUCCUCGUGCAGCUAGAUCUGCCAGCGCACUAUCGCAAACCAGCAAAACAUUGUCGAAUAGUGUUCGGAUGACAUCUAGCGGGGUUUCUGACGAGUCUGAGUCAGAGUUGCAGUUUGCUGACAAAGACACGGAGUCUGCCAGUGACCGCAGUGACAGUCAACGUUCCAAGGCAAGUUAUGAUUACCGCGAGCCUUCAUCACUCACCAACUCGAAACCACAGCCAAGCAAGAAGAAGAAGAAGAAAAGGAGCAAAGUAGCAGAAGCACGUCAAGAAAUUGAGAGGCCCAAAUUCGCAGAGUCGCGGCAGCUAACAGACGAGGCACUGCCAGCCUCCGCCGAUAAGGAGUUGUCUGAACACUCCUUUACAUGGCCUAUAUUCACAGAUCUAGUCUACUCAGCCGAUAGCUCGAUCAACCUCAAGGCUCAGAAUACUCGGAUUCAGCAGGUGUUGAAGACUGCCGUCUUUGAACUCAAGAAAGCCUCUAUCUUCGACAACGCAUUUCCCAACAUCACUCAGAAGCGCAAGAUGGCUCUCGAUGCAGUUUAUAAUGCUGCCGGGAAGCAUAAGGAAUAUGCGAUAGCAAAGAGGAUCAAGCAUGACUUUGAUUAUGCGGUGGCUCUCACUGGAGUGCCGGAGGGACGGCUUAGUUCCUUCCGUACUAAUCUCAAGAAACUCGCGCAUCAAAUUGUGGUCUCUCGUUUUGGACUCAAGAAAGGCUGUGGUGACGAGGUAGACGACCUCAUCAAGGGUCACAAGUAUAUUUUCCCAACCGACGCCAAGGGUAAGGUCCUUGGGGACCAACCGUUUUGUGACGAGUCUAUGGUUGACUCCAUCCGUUUAUCUUUUUUCGAUGGUGAGAACUCAAUUGGUGUCCAGUCCUGUGACGAUUUUGUCUCGGUCUUGGAUGGAAACAACGAGCCCGAGCUACCUGUUGCUAUGGUGUGUUUGAUUGCAACGCUUAUUUACUCGAUAUUGAAGGAUUGGAGCAGCGGGAACCCACCCUCAGGCGCACAAGUCAAAUCAUUCAAUUCCUCCUUCCACAUCAGUGUUUACAACGCUCACCAAGCGACUCUCACACGCAUCUUUAACGGUAGUCGAAAGAAGUACCAUGUACUGAUGGCGCGUCUCUACAAGGCAGUCAGUGCAGUAGAAAGCUCAGAGCCCGCUGGUUCAUUGGACGCCGCUUGUGAUUACCUUGAUCUUGAUGCAAUGGGUGAAGAUUAAUCAACCUUCCGAGUCAUUUGUACAUACUGGUGCUUUUUCGAGUCUGCUGAUCUUUUUGCCGUCUUUCGGUUGUGAUAUUCUCGUUUAAUUCUAAUAUAUUUGAUGUUCGUGUGUCUUCA